ACACGACACCGCCACUGAAGCUUGCCAACUGCAGUUAAUCAUUUCAACAUAUUCUGGACAAUACAAGCUUUCCAUAGAGCAAGUUGCUAAACAUUCAGUGAAACGUUCUAGUUCUAUGUUGCUUAUUAUUACCCAUCAUUUUUUCCAGACUUACAUUGUGCGCACGCAUAGGGGGCUCGGCAUUUGUUUACAGGGUGUACUAUUUUAGGGGAAAAAGGCUGAAAGAGAAGAGGACCGAACGAAAGAGAGCGAGAGAGGGGGGGUCCCGAAAGAGAAACAGAGUGUAGCUGCUGCUGCGGCCCGACCAGGACACGGCAAAGCCAUGGCUAACAUCGCAGUUCAAAGAAUUAAAAGGGAGUUCAAGGAAGUUUUAAAAAGCGAAGAGACGAGUAAAAAUCAGAUCAGAGUAGACCUUGUGGACGAGAACUUCACAGAACUGCGUGGGGAAAUCGCAGGACCACCCGAUACACCGUAUGAAGGUGGGCGAUUUCAGCUGGAGAUUAAAAUUCCAGAGACAUAUCCAUUCAACCCUCCAAAGGUGAGGUUCAUCACAAAGAUUUGGCACCCCAACAUCAGUUCUGUGACUGGAGCUAUUUGCCUGGACAUCCUAAAGGACCAGUGGGCGGCUGCCAUGACAUUGCGGACAGUGCUGCUCUCUCUCCAAGCCCUUCUGGCAGCUGCAGAACCAGAUGACCCACAGGAUGCUGUGGUAGCCAAUCAGUAUAAGCAGGACUGUGAGAUGUUUAAGCAGACGGCUCGGCUCUGGUCUCAUGCAUACGCUGGCGCUCCUACCGCCCACGCCGAAUACACGCGCAAGAUUGACAAACUCUGUUCCAUGGGCUUUGACAGAAAUGCAGUAAUAGUGGCCUUGUCGUCUAAAUCCUGGGAUGUGGAAACGGCAACGGAAUUGUUGCUGAGCAACUAACCCCCCCCUCCCCCCAACCCCCAUUUCAUUACACACUUCUGGCCUCCUGUUUUUCAGUUUCCCCCUCUCGUUACGCGUCUGUUCAUUACGCUACUCCUGUUCUUUUGUUUAAAGCAGCAUCUCUUCCCUUUUUAAUGAGCCAAAAACUGCAAAAAAUACCAUUAGUGUCAUCUGGGAUUGACAUUAGGUUCAAUAAAAUACCAUUAGUGUCAUCUGGGAUUGACAUUAGGUUCAAUACGCCGAUUGCAUCAGAAAAAAUAAAACUGUAAAUAAAAUGUGAAGGUGUAGGUUGCAAAAGAAGAUUGGGACUAUAAAGACUUAAUUUUUUUCUGUAUUAUAAUAGAGGAAUCAGACCAGUUCAAUUCAUGCAUGAGGGUGUGGCCUGGCGACGGGGUCAAACAGGGUCCUCACCAUAGAGAUAAGGCAAAACCUAACCCUUCAUAACUCUGGACUAAACAACAGAUGUCUUCUCAUCCUCACUGUACAGCGCUGGGGGAGGUGGUGGGAGAAGUAGCUCAGCCGGAGGUGUGAGUGAGUGAGUGCACUAGCGAGUGUGUGAGUGAGUGCACUAGUGAGUGCACUAGUGAGUGAGUGUGUGUGAGCACUAGUGAGCAGAUGUGCUGACUGCUGUGUUUUGAGGGCAUGUGUACAAGUCAGAUAGUCUUGGGUGAGAGUAUGUGUAUGUGCGAGUUAUGAGUGAAUGGCUGUCUGAAUGAUUGUGACAGUGCGUGUGUGUGAAAGGUUUAACAUGUUCUCUUGUCUGGACUCUGACCCCCUUCGAGUUUUACGGCAGCUGCAGGUCACAGCCAUGACCUCUUUACCAUCAGCCCCUGAAGUUUCACCUCCCUCCCCUCCCCUAAUUUAAGACGCCAUGUUUACUGUCAACACACCGUUAUCUGUUCCUUAGUGCAGAAAGAGGACUUUGCGUUUGUCAUUAGAUGCCAUCACUCUGUUCAACUGUUCAGGCCCGCGCACAGUGACAUACACCGCUACAACAGAGAUGUGAGCUGGAGACUCAACCCCACCGACUCCCUCUUACACACACACACACACACACCAACAUCAAUCAAGUCCCAUUCACCUGGACAGAUGCCUCAUCAUUAGAAUGCAUCAGUGAUGGCUGGAUUUAUAUUUUGUAAGAAAACAGAAACAACAAAAAAGAGACUAUUAAGGCCUUGCGUCCUCUGGUGCUGUUCUGGUGUGAAAUAUGGCACGAGGAGGAGGAAGUGCAGGAGAGAACGGACGUGGGACUGCACACAGGCCUUUCUUUCACUCCUCAACAACAGAAACAAGAAAAUGACAAAUGAGUCAUAUGAGCAUGGUUAUUUAUUGUGAAAAUGAAAAUGUAAUGUUUCUUUGAUUAAAAAAACAUGAAAACAUGAA